GCGCCAGUGGGCCCUCCUCUCUCUGCUUGUCGCGCGCUGCUCCAGCUGCUGCCGCCGAUGUGUGUCUGUCUGACGGUUCGUGCGUGCGCGCGAUCUCCUUUCCGCUCGCCCCGUGCUGCUGCUCCUCAAUGUAGCCAAACCAUGACAGGCAUCGCCGCUGCCUCCUUCUUCUCCAACAGUUGCCAGUUCGGAGGCUGUGGACUGCACUUCGAGUCGCUGGCCGAGCUCAUCGUGCACAUCGAGGAUAAUCACAUCGAUACAGAUCCUCGCGUGUUGGAGAAACAGGAACUGCAGCAGCCCACUUAUGUCGCCCUCAGCUACAUUAACAGGUUUAUGACGGAUGCAGCGCGGCGGGAGCACGAGACUCUGAAGAAGAAAGUUCAGCCGAAGCUGUCUCUCUCACUGAUGGGCAGUUUUUCCCGCAACAGCGUGGCCACGCCCCCUCGCCACAACAGUGGCAACCUGACCCCGCCCGUGACCCCGCCCAUCACACCCUCAUCUUCAUUCAGGAGCAGCACCCCCACAGGCAGCGAGUAUGACGAGGAGGAAGCAGAAUACGAAGAGUCUGACAGCGACGAGUCGUGGACCACCGAAAGUGCCAUUAGCUCUGAAUCCAUCCUCAGCUCCAUGUGCAUGAACGGAGGGGAUGAGAAACCGUUCGCAUGUCCCGUGCCUGGCUGCAAAAAGAGAUACAAGAAUGUGAAUGGUAUUAAGUACCACGCCAAGAACGGCCACCGCACUCAGAUCCGCGUUCGGAAGCCCUUCAAGUGCCGGUGUGGUAAAAGCUACAAAAGCUCUCAGGGGCUUCGACACCACACCAUCAACUUCCACCCGCCCGUCUCUGCCGACAUCAUCCGCAAGAUGCAGCAGUAAAGAGUGCCAACUUCCUCCUCGACAGUCACACACACACACACACACACACACACACACACACACUCCAACACAUGUAUAUACAGAACAAACAGAACACCUCGGCAUCCAUCCGCACCAGCAGCUGUGGCUGACCAUUAACUUUGACACAACUUGUCCUCCAUUUUUUGGACAGUGUAUCUGAAGGACGAUUUGUCUUUCUCUCUAUUUUGCUCUUUCAAGAGUAAGACUCCUUCACCUCCCUUUCCCUCCACUCCUCAUGAGGAGGAAACUUUAAUCUUUUUAUAUUCCUCUUCCUCAAGGAAGACUCCCUGAAUCCCUGUGUCAUUCCGUACCUCCAUGAGGAGGAUCCGAUUCUACCGUUCAAUCAAAACACUACAUUUUGAAUCGCGUGUUUUCAUUGUCUUUUUUUUGUUCUCUUUAUCAUUUCUUUGGCUUAUUUGUAUCUUAACGGUUUUGUAUUUUUGCACAUUUGCUUCCUCUUUAAAAAAUUUUUUUUUGUUUGUUUGAUGCUAGGUGCUUAUUGUAAAAGACUGACGGUAUGUUUGGAAAGGAGAGAAUCGUGACUAGACAACCAGCCUGACGCCGAACAGAAGUUAAAGCUUAAGGAUUCGGCGUGAACACGAGUCUCUGUGUGAGAAAAACGGAAAAUAGGAAAGGCUUGAAACGUCUGAAUGUUUGUAAUAUAUAUAUACCCCAUAUAAGCAACAUUCAUAGCUAAAGAUUGUGUAUAUAACUAUAUUCUAUACGUUUCAUAGUCAGAUUUUAAAUUCUAUACUUUAUUCCUUUAUAUAUUUUCAGCUGAACUUCAGAGAUGACGAUAUGGAUUGAUUUAUGGAUGUGCAGGUUUUUGGUAGUGCUUUCACCUUCUCCGUUACUCUCAGAAAAGUUAUGAGUUACAGCACCAAAUGACUCUCAGGUGACAAAUCGCCAGCAUUUGAGAACUAUAAUCCUGUCUGAUAGUAUUUUAGAGUAGGCUGUUACACUCUUCCCAGAUCCGCUGUGGCCGGACUGUUCUAGAGCGAUCUAGAACUCCGCAGCGAUCUGGUGAAGAACCCAAAGCACUUUGUAGAGACCAUUUGCCAACAUGUUUAGGGAAUUUUGUAUUGCCAACAAAUUGCGGAACGUUUUCUGCAAAUCAGCCGCGGAAUUCAAAAGGACUAAUACGGCGCUUUGGAGGUCUCCGUUUCUGAGGUUCUUUUUCUUUUCUUUUUUUUCUCUAGCUAAGGGAAUUCAUUCUUUCGCUUUACCUCCAGUGUGCUUGUUAAGAUGUGAGAUUAUUGAAACUGGUUGCCUUGAAUUGUGGGACACCACAGCAUUCCAGUAUAGUAUAUGUGUAGCCAAGUGAUUCAGAUUGUGAAUUCAUCCCGAUUCUGGCUUGUCUCUGGUGUGGCCAAUGUGACUUUUAUACCCCUAACCUGUCACUGGGGUGAUGUAAAGUUACAACCAACCCAAAGAUCUUCUUGUAUGGACUCGUACCUUGAAUCAGAGAGGGACUUGUGGGUGGUAUAAAUGAACCGUGGCUAGACCCUCCAGAGAUCCCAGCCAGAGCAGGGCCUGCCAAUCACUCAUUAUGACAUCACUGCAUGGACGUUAAUGUUAUUGGAAUUGCAGUAUCGGUUUAGAUGCAACAUUGUAACAGUAUUACACUGCCAGUACAGAGGGAAGUAUUUGAUAUAUUGUGUACUUAAUGUAUUGUCUUGAUGUGAGUGCUUUAAAUGAUAUUUUCUUAAGUUUCUGGACAACAAUGUUCCAACGUGUAAAGAAGUCAGGCACCAGGGGUUGUUUUGGAACUGGUGACAUUUUCUGCAACAAAACUGAAAAAAAAGAAGAAAAAAAAGCUGCUUCAUAAAUGUAAACCUGGUUACAUUUUAAAUAUUAAAAUGGGCUCUGAUAUGUUUUAA